AUGCCCCGAGUUGGUACCUCAGCCCAGCCUUCACCCAAGCGCCCAACACCAAUGCCCCUCCUAUCGGAGCGGCGCUUCUACCGAUCCUGCUGUUUCGCGCACCUGCCGCCUCCCAAGGUCCUGCUUCGCCAAAGAGAUGGCGGCUACGUUGCUGUGGGGCGAUCAGAGAUGGGGACGGCGCUGGCUGCGCGGCUCGGCCUGGGGCUCCUGCUUCUGGCGCUUCUCUUACCCACUCAGACAGGUGGAGAGAAUUCAACUUCUGCAAAUCCCUUGCACAGCAAUCCAAAUUCAACUUCUUUGCCGUUGAGCACACUGAACCAUACAAAUUCCAAUACUACCAAGGGACAUGGAAAUGCACUUCAAUCAGCUACUGGCCUCUUGAUUUUCUCACUCUCUCUUCUAUAUAUUUGCUAAGAUACUUUGGCUGGAGAACUCUUGCUGUUUCCUCCCCAGUUUUCCUAUUCAUCUGAGAUGGUUAGACCUUCAAAAAGCAGCAAUGAGAAAAAUACUGCAGAGAAAAGUACCGCACCAAGCCAAUGCAGUUGAAGUUCUAGCCCAGUUAUUGGUUCCAGUCUAAUCUAUAAAGUUUCUAAUCUGCUGCCAUCUUCCCUGAAAACAAUUUGACAACUGAGAGCCAGAUGUUAAUGGAUCAACUGAAGUCUUCCACAGCUGUAAUUGGAAAUAGGAAAUGGGAAGUACAUCUUGAUUAGCCACAGAUAAUACUUCCUCUCUGAAAAAUGUUAGAUGAUACGUAGUUCAGGAAGCUAUGCAAAAUAAGGACUCCAAUUUGAAAAUAAAGCAAAGCUUCUAAGCUUAUGAAGUCACUAGAAAAUACAAUUGAAAUGGUCUGCUUGAUUCUACGUUGAAGGAUGCACCCAGUAGUGACCAAGCCCCAUCCAGCAGCUCACUGUGGUGGAAUUACCAGGAUGCUUCAGUUCAGCCGAUUUUCCUUUUAAACCUCUGUUUAAUGUGUGGUUCUUCUAACUAAGCCUGUAUAGUUUAUUGGCAAAUUUAUCUUGUACUGUGGUAUUUCAAAUUUCCAUUUUUAUUAAAGUUGGUAUAAGUGAAUCUGUGCCAGUAAAACAAGACCUCUUGAAAGACCUCUCAAGAGCUUAUGUAAAAAGUAAGCAGGGAGAAAACCUUCACCAAAGCUUGGGAGCAGAUAUUCAGAUUUUUUUCCCUUCCUGGCAACCUUCCAAAAUCUGAGCAAUUUCAGAUGUCAAUUUUAAUUUGAUAGCAGUUUGUAAAAAUCUCAUUCAUAAUUGUUCCUCUAGAUUUUUUGACACUGUUGUGGCAGGGAACUGAAGAAAACAACUCUGUCAGACUAAGGGUACUAAAUCUUAAAUCAAAAAUCUUAAGUGCAUAUCUCUUAAAUUGAGACUAAUAGACUUUCAUAAUUUGUUUCUAUACUACAUGUUCUAGACAAGUACUUUGACCUAACGCUGGCAUUAUGAUGAAGGUUUAAUUUCUGAAUGCGUAGAUCUUCAGAAAAUCAAAAAUCUGUUGACACGAUGGUAUGUCUCUUGUCCAUACAGUCUUGUUGGAUUACUAUGUAUUAACUGCUUUAAACAGAACAUGUCUUCUGAUUUGUCAGCCACUUAAAACUUAACCCAUGCAUUUUGAAAUAUCUGUGUGGCAAAAUUCUAUAGAAUGUUAUGGGGAGUAUGUGUGCGCUUGGACUCUUGCAUCCAGUGCACUGUUUGAUUUUUUUCGUGGCAGUAUAGCCAUGCUUUGAGUUCAGUUGGACAAAUUGUAAAUAAUAAAAAAACUGAUAUAAA